ACUCUCUGGCUCGCAUCGCCUCUACUCUCCUAUCCCGACUGACGUUGGACAACAAAGAUGGCGGCAGGAACCAGCAAUUACUGGGAAGAUCUCAGGAAACAGGCUCGACAGCUGGAAAAUGAACUUGACCUGAAACUAGUUUCCUUCAGUAAACUAUGUACAAGUUACAGUCACAGCAGUGCCCGAGAUGGAAGACGCGACAGGUAUAGCUCUGACACAACACCCCUUUUAAAUGGAUCAAGCCAAGACAGAAUGUUUGAAACUAUGGCGAUUGAGAUUGAACAGCUUUUGGCAAGGCUUACAGGAGUAAAUGAUAAAAUGGCAGAAUAUACCAACAGUGCCGGUGUCCCCUCCUUGAAUGCGGCAUUGAUGCAUACAUUGCAGCGACAUAGAGACAUAUUGCAGGAUUAUACACAUGAAUUCCAUAAAACCAAAGCAAACUUUGUGGCAAUACGGGAAAGGGAGAAUCUCAUGGGAUCAGUACGAAAGGAUAUUGAGUCAUAUAAAAGUGGGUCUGGAGUAAACAACAGAAGAACUGAACUAUUUUUGAAAGAACAUGACCACCUUCGAAACUCAGAUCGUCUAAUAGAAGAGACAAUAAGCAUUGCUAUGGCAACAAAAGAAAAUAUGACUUCACAGAGAGGAAUGUUGAAGUCAAUUCAGAGCAAAAUGAACACUUUGGCUAAUCGUUUUCCUGCUGUGAACAGCCUUAUCCAGAGGGUCAACCUUAGGAAGCGGCGAGACUCACUCAUCCUGGGUGGUGUUAUUGGUGUCUGUACCAUCCUAUUGCUGCUGUAUGCUUUCCAUUGAUGAGACAUCUCCAGGGACUCUUGACAACCACCACUUUCACACCCUGAUCCGGAAUCAGAAAAAGUAGGAAGGAGAAGUUGACUGGCCUGAUAAUUAGCCUGACCGGCAGGAUUAAUUCAAGACUGAUAGUGAUGGACUCUGUGACAUGGUCAGGUUGAGCUGAAGUCACAGGUUUUCUGUGCUAUCUUUUCUAACACAUAUUUCCUUCUGUUUUUAGUUUAAAAAAAAUAAUAAAUGUUUUCAGUUGCUUUUGUCUCCCGAAGAGGUAAGUAAACCCAUCAGAAACACAGUUUCCGUGCCUCAGUGAAAGUGUUGAAGGCUGAUGACAAGCCCGGUCUUACAGCUGGAUUCUUCAGAAAACCAGGUUUCUCUAUAUCCAAAGACUGCUUUCCUUUCAGCCACCAGAUGGGGGUUGUGAAUAAAAAUAGUUUUUGUCCUUUUAUUUUACACUCAUGAUGAGAAAUCACAAGUCAUUUCUUGAUAAUCUGUGCUAUAAAUUUCUACUCUUUGUCCCCAUCUCUUUUGGUAUUCAAGAAAAAUUACAUUUUUCAAAGAAUCUUUGAGAUGCUCACAGACCACCUUCAACACAGUUGAGAUUGUCUGAAAUAGAAGACAAGUACUGCAAAAAAGCUUUUUUCUUUAUUUUAUUUUUUAAUCGUGCACACACUGGGGUUAACUGUAUUCCUGGAAAAACAUCAAGAAUGACAGGCUUUUUUUUUGGUCAGUCACUGUUUUUUGUUUUUUGUUAAUCUCUUCCAUUGGGUUAAUAUUUACUACUGUAAGAAAACGAAAUCUCAGUUCUACCAUGACAAAAAGCCAAUGUCUGUCAUUGCAACUGUUCUUCAUCAUGUCAGGAUUAACACCGGCAACUGAGUGAGGGGAAUGCUUGGUUUUCAGUGAGAUCUCUUUAACAGGCCACAUGUAAAAAGACACUGAGUGAGGGGUCAUCAUCAGAUAAUUCCAUUUGUAAGCGUUCCACAUUUAUGAGCAAAAGUUUAAGAACCACUGUCUGAUGUACCAGGAAUUCUGUGUUCUGUGAAAACCUAUUCAUUCCAAAUCUCUUAAGCUUUUUCAGACAUCCAGAGAAUGGCUUUAUUAUUGAAGGUGCAUAUAACAGAAUCUCUCUCUAUCUGCACCUGUCUUCUGUUACCACCCUGGACAGUGACAAAAUUUUAAACCACCCACCAGAAUUCUUUUCAAGUUUAACCAUUUCUCAGUUUCUGUAAAUCUUUUACUUCUCUAACUGAACUACUACAAAUAGGCCGAAGACUUCCAACAGCUGUAUUCCUCACCAAGAAAGAAGGCUACUCUUCACCUUUGGAAUUUACUAUGGUAUUUAUAGUGUUGGCUUAAGACCGUGCUGUGGGGAAUAAAAGGAUAUUAGCAUGUAGUUCUUAACUACGUCACAGAGUGUUGAUGGUGAUAUUCAGAUGAAUUUGAUUACAGGGUGAUGGGUAGACUAACCUCUGGUCUGGUGCAGAAACCGAGAGGUUUUUCAUUCUGGUGUCAAAGUUUUAUUAUGUUCUGGAUAUGAAGAGUGUUUGAUACAUUUUUUUUAACUACAGGGUUUAUUUUUCUAAAUAUGGGUUGAUUGAUCAGUCAGUUGAUUGGGGAUGCCCUUAAAAGAAAGUUUAAGUUUUCCCAGUGUGAACCUUAAAAGAUCAGAGAAAUAAGUUCAUUUAUUAAAUUCUCUGUUGGGAGAACAAAACUUCUCUCCCCUGACACUUUAUUAUCUUUGAUUUUUCAAAGGGUCUUGAUCAGUGGUUGUGCCUCAGCUAGAAUUUAUGGGACUUUGGUUGCUGUAUAGUCGGCAUUUAGAAAAUCUGAAGUAUCAUAAAUAAAGUUAUUUAUUUAAUUAUACUACCAGUCUUUUUUACUGGUCUGACUGUUUGGUGUGUUCAUUAACGGGUGAUGGUGUGAGACUAAAACUAGGACCCAAGCUAAUCUAGCUUUUGCUGCAGCUGAGCAAACAAACACUUUUGAUGGCUGGUAAGCCUUUCCAUUAGGGUUGCGCUUAAAUGAAGUAAUAGAAUUAUGUUGAUUAUUUUCUUUAUGAAAAUAAAGAAACUAGUUCUUCUGAGGAAGUUGAAAAAGCGUGGUGUAGAUGUUGGUGUCAGGUAGGUCUGACUAACCUCCCAGUGCUGUAGCCCAUAGUGAGGUAACCCAGGGCCAAACAUAGAGCGCUAGGGCUGUGCUCCUCUAUCCUUUAUGGUUCCUUCUUUUGCAGGAGGCCCUAGAGCAAGGACAGAAAUGUGCCAUUUACAAGUAGAGGCUUAUUUUGGAUCCCAUGAUAGCUGAUUUGAACUCUUUCAGUUUCAUGCCAUUUAGCCUUUUUUUUUAAGCAUCUUGGUUUUCUUAACUUUUUUGCUGUCCUUACAAACCAGUUACUAGGCUCAGGGGCCAACAGUAAAUUGCUUAUUAGAGCCAGACAGAGCCGGGUCCAAGGAAUUUUCUAUUCCUUGUCCCAAAUGUUACCUCUUAGAGGAAGUUAUUCUCUCUCAGCCAUUGUCUUAUAUGAUGGAUCUUUCCUUUUGGGAUCUUUUUAAUAACCACUCAAAACUUUCCAUUUCACUUUAAAAGUAUGAAAAACCAUGGCAACAAAAAGGGCAGAAAAUUCCAAAAGGUAUACUUCUGAGAGUUUGUUUUACUGUGCGCUGAUAACUUUAGUUUGAAAUGCUUAAUGAAUUUAUUACUCAAGUUCAAGCCCAGAUAUUCAAGUGCUUCAGUUGAUAUCUCCUGGCUAUUUCUAUAUUCUUCUUACUGUUAUUAUUAACGAUGCUGAAGGAGUCCCUGUAAUUUGCAGCAUUGCUCACCCAUAUUUUUCUGAUGUUAGAAAAAUAUGGGCUUUUCUUCUCCAUUAUUCCUUUCUCCUGCUUACCAAAAUUCACUUUUAUAGAGAAUGCCUUUUUCCAUACUGCCCAGUACUCAGAUCAGACAUGGGAGUACAAUCCUGAGAGUGGAGAUGAGUAAUGAGAGGAGUCAUCAUGAGGGCACUUUUUGCAUCUGGAACCAAUUAAUAUUGAUUUUAGUUCUUUCCUGUUGGACGCUGAAUACAUCUGAAUAGAAAAAUGUACUUAUGGAGCUUUCUGAUGCAAUGACUUUUGGCCUCUAUGGAAUUGAGGCACCUUGGACUUGCAUUCCCACCAUUAAUUUUCUAUUUCAUUGUUAAUGAUCUCAACCUGAGGAAAAGGACUUUAAAGAACUGGACUAGCCUUUUUAGUUUUCUAAUACCUCAUGUUUGAUCACUAGCCAGAUAUGAUUUCUUGGAAAUUGACUGCAUUUUCUAACUUGCAAUAUUAAGCUAUUGAGGAUAAAUGGCCAUGUCUAGUGUUACACUGAAUUUUGUGGCAAAUGUAAAGAGUAAAUGGAUUCUACUGGGAAUUGAAAUGAUUGUGUUCUAUUCUCCUUUUGGGGUAGGGGUUGUUUAGCCUGGUCUCCAAAAAGAUAUAGAGCUUUUCAUCAUGAUCUUUAUAAACUAAUCUUGUUACUCCUUUAUAAAUCUGCAUACCCGUAAGUUUUAUAGGGCAAAAGAAAAUGAGGAACAAGUCACUCUUGAGGAUGUUUAUUGGAUAAGAAGCUGAGACAGCUGAGCCAUGUCCUAAGGGAUCUUUCUCAUUUUCUUUGUGCCUAGUACAAAGUAUCAAAAGUAUUACUUUAGUAUCAAAGUAUUUGCAUCUAUUCCUAUCCUAUUAGCUCUUAGGGAGGGAAAUCAAUUCCAAUCACACUUUACCAUGAUGGAAGAUGUUUCCUCAUGAAAAAUGCCAAUACAGGUUUUAAAAAAUCUAUUCCAAAUGCACUUUCUAAUUUUUUGCUUUUAAAAUGGCUUCUUGGAACCAGGUUUAUUGUAUUUGUACUUAAUUUUUUGUUCUCAUCUAAAUGUGCAUUUUCUGACUGUAUAGAAGCUUUGUUAUGUAAUUUAAUAAUAAAUUAGAAAUAUGAA